GCCGGAUGUGACGUUACACACAUGCCCUCACAAGCAUGGCUGCUUACAGGAGCGCAAGGUUUGGAAGGAGUUUAGCUGGUCUUUUAACGAGAUCGUAUCCUUUAUGCAGUUAUCAUGGAACAGGGCUCAGCAGACCUGCCCUUAACACAGUGGGCAAAAGUGCACUGCCAAAGCAAACAACCACCAUGUUUAUCAGAAACAUGUUUAUUCAGACUCAAGUCACCCCAAACCCAAAUAGUCUGAAGUUUCUUCCUGGUCGCAUGGUGCUGGAAUCAGGAACCAUGGACUUUGCUGGACCCAGAGAUGCUUAUUGUUCACCCUUGGCAAGGCAGUUGUUCAGAAUUGAUGGAGUCAAGAGUGUUUUCCUGGGCCCUGACUUCAUAACCAUUACUAAGGCUCAUGCAGACACAGAGUGGAAGGUGAUCAAACCAGACGUCUUCGCCACCAUUAUGGACUUCUUCACCUCUGGACUACCUGUCGUCAAUGAGGCAGAUGCUCCACGUGCAGACACAGCUCCUUCGGAGGAUGAUGACGAGGUGGUUGCCAUGAUUAAGGAAUUGCUGGACACACGCAUAAGGCCCACAGUGCAGGAGGAUGGUGGUGAUGUGCUGUAUCAUGGUUUUGAGGAUGGUAUUGUGAAGCUGAAGCUGCAGGGCUCCUGCACUAGCUGUCCCAGCUCCAUCAUCACACUGAAGAGCGGCAUCCAGAACAUGCUGCAGUUCUAUGUUCCUGAGGUGGAAGGAGUUGAGCAGGUGAAGGAUGAGGAUGUGGAUGUAGAAAAGGAAGUCCAGGCAUGAGUUCAGCUGGCCAGUGUCAGGGCUGUGGACUAGAUUCAUUGUUGCACUACCCAACAGCCCCCUCUCCCUUCACUGUUCAAUCAUGUAGAAGGUGACUUGGGUUUGGUAUAGGCUGCUCAGUUACACAGCUGUAAGGAAAACUGACAAAUAUGUGUGUCCUUGCAGUUCUUUAACAGUAUAUAGCUAAAGAUAUUAAUAUUGUUGCUCCAAGCAUGCAGCACAAUGUUUGUUUUUUUCAUGCAAGUUUGGAUCAACAAUGUUUGGUCAUUGCUGAAAAAGGUUGUUAUCACAUAAUAUUUUAAGGAUUAGUAUUGGUUUUGAAACCAUUUGCACUGUUUAAGGCUCUUAAAACAAAUAGGAGAAUUUUCUGUAUGUGUCAAUAAAUUAUAUGCAAUAUGCUUUUCCCUGACAGAUUUGUAAAUAUUCUUAUGGGAAUCUACUUGUUUCAUGGUCAAACGAUUCUUAGGUGAUGUACACACUUACCAAAAUGCUUGAAGUUGUAAUAGAGCAAAAUGUUUGGUUGUGUUUUUUAUGUCUAGUUGUUGCUCUGUAUGCUUGCAAUUACACAAUACGCACAAAUACAAAUUUUGCCAGGAUUAUAUUUUGUUUCCUUAAAUUACUUCUUUCUGUGUACGAAUCCUGAUUGUAUUUUAGGUCAUUCUUCAGUUUCAGUGGCAUUUCUACACUGUAAAAACAAAAUCCCGUUGUUUUUACAAAACAAAACUGGCAGCUGUGGUUGCCAGAAUAAUUAUGUAAAAAUGUAAACAACUUUACAGAACAACCUGUACAUUUUACAGUUUAAAACUUUAAUAUAUAAAUAAUAUAUUUAAAUUUACUGUAAAAAACAAAAUGUCAUAAACUUGAUAUUAACCUUCUGAAACUGUACAAAUCUGCUUUUUACUUUAUAACGUAUUAUUUAUCAUCAUAAAAAUGACAGAAGCGCACAUGAUGACAUGAAGUUCACCAAUAGUGGCUCUUCCAGGAGCAAUGACCAAUAAACAUGUAGAGACAGUGCUCAGUGUCACUCACACACUCUAAACACCAUCAGGAUAACACAUGAGAAAUUAAAAUAAUGCAGUAAACAUGAACUAAACUACAGUUCUGUGCAAAAGUUUUAGACUCUUGUGAAAAAUGUUGCAUAGUGAGAAAGUCUUCAAAAAUAAUGACAUAAAUAGUUUUCAUUUAUCACUUAAUGUCAUACAAAGUCCAGUAAACAUAGAAAAGCUAAAUCAAUAUUUGUUGUGACCACCUUCACCUUUAAAACAGCACCAAUUCUCUUAGGUACACAUGGACACAGUUUUUCUUGGUUGUUGGCAGAUAGGAUGUUCCAAGCUUCUUGGAGAAUUUGCCGCAGUUCUGUUAAGUCUGUCUCAAUUGCGUCUGUCUCUAUAUGUAAUCUCAGACUGACACGAUGUUCAGUGGGGGACUUUGUGAGGGCCAUGACAUCUGUUGCAGGGCUCCCUGUUCUUCUAUUCUAAACUUUUCUAUUUGCAAAAGAAAUGUUUGGGAGUCUGAAAUGUAUUUUUCCUAUUGACACACUAAAGCUGAAGAUAUAAAUAACCAUCUUAAGGCAAAUGCUUUUUUGAAGCAUCUUAUGUGCCUAAGACUUCUGCACAGUACUGUACAUCAAAUAUAAAACAGAACACCCCAAUGUACAUAACUGAUUUUAAAAAUAAGAAGAAACAACUAUUCCCAUAAAAUAUAAUGAAAUAUGAUGGGGCAUGCAGGGAAUUGUGGGAAUGCCCAAUUAUUGUUUUUUACUGUAAUUUUAACAAUCAUUUACUGUAAGAAGUACAUGUACUCUCUUGUUAAACAAUGUAAAUUUUUACCAUUAUACAGGAAAAUCAUACUUUUUACAUCUAAAAAAAUUUAAUAUUUACAACAUUUUAUUGUAAAAACUACUUGUCUUUUAAAAUAUAUUAUUUUUUUACAGUAUAUUUUACAGUUAAUACUCGUUAAUCAGUUAACGUUUUUUCUGUAGCAUUUUUACAGUCUUUUACCAUUAAAAUUACAGACAUUUUUUACAGUGUACAUAUUUUAAUGAUAAUAAUAUUUUAAACCUAACAUACUAUAUCAGUCACGAUCUUAUUUUUUCAAUUCAUGCAAGGUUACAUAAAAUUUUAAAAAAUACGUUAAUUUACCAUUGGCUAACAUCAUUUUUUGUCAGCAUAGUUGCAUGUAAUUAAAUGUCAUAUGAACCAAUAACAGUAACUUCCUGAUUGUAUUAUUUAAUAUGGAGAAUAAAAUGGCAAAAACAAAGUUAACUUUGAUUUUAGUAUCACUUAAUUAACAAUAUUUUCAAAGACAUUUUGUUUAACUAUUUAUAAUAAGCGGCAUAACAGGGACCUGAGAAUAACAAAUUCGUGUUUGUUUGUUUUUUCAUGGAUUUGUUUAAAAAAAAAAAAACUUUAGAAACAUGUAAGAUUGUGGCUCUCUCCUCAGAGACAUUUAACCUGAUGAAAGGGUUAAAAGAGAGUGUGUUUUCAACAGAAAUUCCUUCGGUGUAGCUAUUACAUUACAGUAACACCACUUACAUUAAUAUUUUGGUCAAUUUCCUUUAAUUAUUAAAUAGUACUUUAAUAAUUGGACUUAAAGUCUUUUUUUUUUGCUCCUUUAAUACUAUUUUUAAACUUGGAAAUUGUCUCUAUUCAGCAACAUUAUAGAGUAUUGACAUAUAGGGGUAUUUUCGUUUUCAAAAACACUUUCAAAAUUAAAUUAAGUGUAAAUAAUAAAAAUAAGAUCAUCUAGAUUCUAGAUGAUUUCAAGUUACCAUUUAAAAAGUGUUAUAAAUCAUGGUUUUCGAUAGGAAUUCUGUACGUUGCAGUUUGACUUGUCUGAUAGCAUCUGCCACCGUAAUUGUAGAAUGACUCUUUUAUUUAUAAAGGCUCAUUAAAUGCUUUGGUUGUGUUCAAUUGAUUUGGUUUUUAGUAAAUGUAAAACUGUCGUGCCUAGAGGUGAUAUUUCAAAUAAAUGAUCUAAUAACAGAAGCAUUUUCUAGGGUUCAGUGUUCUGAAAGCUGGAUUAUUCUGCUUUAUAUCAAGUUAUAUUCAUACGGCUGUUUCAUUUCAUCAGUGUUACUUUCAGUGAUUUUCCUGCCCUUGAAUAAGAUUGUCAAAUAUUGAUUAGGUCUUGAUUUCUGUAGGUCUUGAAACCUGAACAUACAGUCCAUGUAACUGUUCUUUAACUGUAUAUGAUUUAAAUUCCAUGCAUUUAAUUCCAAACCAGGUUGUAACAAAAGUUGUACUGUAAUUAAAAUGACAAAUCUUGCGGCCAUCUGAUGAAUUUUGCACUGAAAACGGCACCAAACCCUUCAGUUGUUUGUGGAUAUCAAAAUGCUCAGCAAUGUCCCCUGUUUAAAAAUAAAGUGCAUUGUCAAGUUACAGCUUAAGAUUGUUUUAGUAAAACUCAAAACCUAAAACUUGA